AUGAAAAUGAAUGACUGCAGUACAACGCCUUUAGACAAUAAUUUACAAGGAUGGGUUCUGGCAUUUGCUUCAGGACUGGCUUGUUGUUUAGGAGCUUCCGUGGUUUUUUCGGAUCUUUUUUUUCAAAAAUUUUUUUGUACGAAAUAUUUUCAAAUUGUUAAUAAUCCAAAAUUUUUGGUCGCUUCAUUAUCACUUGGUGCUGGAGUAAUGUUAUAUUCAAGUUUUUUUACCAUGCUAACUGAAGCCAAAGAAUCUUUUAGCCGUGCUCCAAAAUCAAAAAAUUACGAAGGAAUAUAUUUAAUGACAUUCUACUUUUUAGGUGUUAUUGGAUCUGCUGUUAUAAACAGACUUAUUCAUUAUUUCUUAUUUAAAGAAUCCUCACAUCAUCAUCAUCACCUACAUAAUAUUGAUCAUAAUACGAUGAAUGAUUGUCCACAUAAUGAAAGGUCACCUCUAUUAAAAAAUAAUGUGAAUCAUAUGAACGGAAUACCAUAUUGUAUUGAGGAUGGUUGUUCAGUUUGUAUUGUGGAAAGUGAUACAGAAGAACCUGUAGUUGAAUCCUUAUUUUGUCCGGAUUCGUCUCAUGAUGUUCAUCAUUCACAUCCUCCAAAUGAUCAAAGUAAUCAACUAAUGCGAAUUGGAAUUCAAACCGCUUUGGCAAUAUCCAUUCAUAAAUUUCCAGAGGGACUUAUCACAUUUGUCACAUCGCAAGUAUCACCAACAAUUGGCUUGGCCUUAUUUGUUGCUAUCGCUAUGCAUAAUAUCUCAGAAGGUUUUACUAUUGCACUUCCAUUAUAUAUAGCAACACGUUCGCGAAUUAAAAGUUUCCUGUAUGCAAGUAUGUUAGGAGGUUUAAGUCAACCAUUAGGUGCUUUAAUAGGAUAUUUAUUCUUAAAAGAGUCCGAACUUGCAUGUUGGGAUCAUAAUUUUAUUUAUGGAAUGUUAUUUGCUGCAGUCGGUGGAUUAAUGAGUGUCAUUUGUAUACAGGGCAUGUUACCGCAAGCUAUUAAAAAUGAUAAAUCAGAUGGAACUGUUGUGAGCAUAUUCUUUUUCAUAGGUGUUUUAAUCAUGAGUCUUAGUACAGCUUUACUUGAACAAGCAGGUCUUGAACCAUAA